GCCCACGCGUCAUCCUCAGCCACGCGCCCCCGCAACGCCGCUUUUAACCGCGGCCGCCACCGCCGCCCGUCGUCUUCUCUCCGCGAAUCGAGCCAGCCACACUCGACGCCAAGCCAACCACGCUCGCGCGAGGCAGGUGGCACUCCGGUGGCUGGCCCGGCCCGCUGCGCAGAUCUCGCCUCGGCUCCGGCUCGUCCCGUCCAGGAUCCGGUGAGCGCGUGCGUGCGCGGCGGCGGCGCUGCCAUUGUUGAGGAGGAUGGGCAGCACAAGCGCGUUCGUCAUCAGGUGGAUCAACUUCUUCACCAUGAUACUAGCGCUGCUGGUGGUGGGGUUCGGCUUCUGGAUGAGCACCCACAAUGACGAGUGCAGACGGACCUUGACGGUGCCUGUGAUGGGCCUUGGAGGAGUAAUUUUCCUCAUAUCUCUCGUGGGGUUUCUUGGUGCCUGGAAGAAAAUUACUUGCUUGCUUUGGACAUAUCUAAUAAUGCUGUUCGUGGUUUUGGUGGCAAUCAUGGUGUUCACAGUGCUUGCGUUUAUCAUUACAAAUACCGGAACUGGCCAUUCUGUCCCUGGGGUGAGAUAUAAAGAGUAUCGUUUGCAGGAUUAUAGCUCUUGGUUUAUCAAACAGCUCAAUGACACCGAAAAAUGGACUCGACUGAAAAGUUGCCUUGUGAAGUCAGAUGAUUGCAAUGGUUUGUCAAGAAGAUACAAGACUCUGAAACAAUACAAGCUUGCAGAUCUUACUCCCAUGGAGUCUGGUUGCUGCCGUCCACCGGCAGAGUGCGGGUACCCAGCUGUAAACGCUUCCUACUUCGAUUUGAGCUACCAUCCGGUCAGCACGAAUGUGGACUGCAAACUGUACAAAAACGGGCGCUCUGUUCUAUGCUAUGAUUGUGAUUCUUGCAAAGCUGGGGUUGCUCAGUACAUGAAGGCAGAGUGGAGGGUGGUCGCCAUCUUCAACGUGAUCUUGUUCGUCAUCUUGUCCUUCGUCUACUUCGUUGCGUGCUGUGCGCGCCGAAACGCAGGAGAGAACGACUCCAAGGUUCCUACAAGAUGGCACGCAUAAUUGCCUGAGGAAGCAGUCAGUCAGUCAUCGAAUGCCAUAGCAAGAGAGUUGAGCUUUGCUAUCCCUUGUAGUGACAUUGUUCAGUCAAGUUUGUUGAUGAAAUGGAAUGCAGGGGCUUUCUUUUUGGGUGUGGGAUGAUGGUGAUGUUCUUUGUCGCAAUCAACUUGUGAACAUUUUAUGAGAAAGAAUGCCAUCUCACUUCAGAUAAAUGAAGCGUAUUGGGUUUAACAAUGGAUGAAUGGAAAUUUCAAUGAUAGGCCAAUAUCUAAAAAUUUAUUAGGAAGUACUAAAUCAUGAGCCUUAAAUUUAUAUAGCUCAACUAAUCUUGAAAUUGAGCAAUGUUUGAUGAAGGAACGUGUCAAAACAACAAAUGGCGUAAUAACAUAGCCAUAGAGUGGUCGUCAAUAUCUGCUGAAUUACCGUCCAGUAGAGCAA